GCCAGUACUGAUGCAGGCACUGCAGGAGCCCUGACUCCACAGCACGUUCGAGCUCAUUCCUCUCCAGCCUCACUGCAGCUGGGAGCUGUGUCCCCUGGGACACUGACCCCCACAGGAGUGGUCUCUGGCCCAGCAGCUACCCCGACUGCUCAGCACCUUCGACAGUCUUCUUUUGAAAUACCUGACGAUGUACCUCUGCCAGCAGGCUGGGAGAUGGCGAAGACAUCUUCUGGUCAGAGAUACUUCUUAAAUCACAUCGAUCAGACAACAACAUGGCAGGAUCCCAGGAAGGCUAUGCUCACCCAGAUCAAUGUUACAGCCCCCACCAGUCCACCAGUGCAGCAGAAUAUGAUGAACUCGGCCUCAGGUACUCUUCCUGAUGGAUGGGAACAAGCCAUGACUCAGGAUGGAGAAAUUUACUAUAUAAACCAUAAGAACAAGACCACCUCUUGGCUAGACCCAAGGCUUGACCCUCGUUUUGCCAUGAACCAGAGAAUCAGUCAAAGUGCUCCAGUGAAACAGCCACCACCGCUGGCUCCCCAGAGCCCUCAGGGAGGAGUCCUGGGUGGCGGCAACUCCAACCAGCAGCAACAGAUGCGGCUGCAGCAACUGCAGAUGGAGAAAGAGAGACUGCGACUGAAGCAGCAAGAACUGCUUCGGCAGGCAAUGCGGAAUAUCAAUCCCAGCACAGCAAAUUCUCCAAAAUGUCAGGAAUUAGCUCUCCGGAGCCAGUUACCAACACUGGAGCCGGAUGGUGGGACUCAGAAUCCAGUGUCUUCUCCUGGGAUGUCUCAGGAAUUGAGAACAAUGACGACCAAUAGCUCAGAUCCCUUUCUGAACAGUGGCACCUAUCACUCUCGAGAUGAGAGUACAGACAGUGGACUGAGCAUGAGCAGCUACAGUGUCCCUCGAACCCCAGAUGACUUCUUGAACAGUGUUGAUGAAAUGGAUACAGGUGAUACUAUCAACCAAAGCACGCUGCCCUCCCAGCAGAAUCGUUUUCCAGACUACCUUGAAGCCAUUCCUGGGACAAAUGUGGACCUUGGAACACUGGAGGGAGAUGGAAUGAACAUAGAAGGAGAGGAAUUGAUGCCAAGUCUGCAGGAAGCUCUGAGUUCUGACAUCCUUAAUGACAUGGAGUCCGUUUUGGCUGCCACCAAGCUAGAUAAAGAAAGCUUCCUUACAUGGUUAUAGAGCCCUCAGGUAGACUGAAUUCUAAAUCUGUGAAGGAUCUAAGGAGAUAAGACACACAUACCAGAAAUUUCCAAAUAAGCCAGUUUCGAUCUCCUGGCUAAUACAGAAAAAGAUGAACAAACGUCCAGCAGGAUUCUUUCAUCCACUGUUUUGCUCUUCCUUGUCCAUUGCUGCUGUUACUAUAUUGCUGACCUCUUUCAUAGUUGGCCCUAAAGAAUCAAAAAAACCCCACAAAACUUUUUGUUUCUUUUGCUAUUAUAACUACUGUUUGUUUUGGGGGCUGGGGGAAGUGAGCCUGUUUUGAUGAUGGAUGCCAUUCCUUUUGCCCAGUUAGAUGUUCACCAAUUAUUUUAACUAAAUAGACCUGGAAGUCAGAUGCUUCAUGUCACCACAUUUAGUUUGUUUAAGCAAUUAUUUCUUCAGCUGCUUUUGGCCAGUGGAAAAACAUGACUUACUGGUCUGAUAAACCAAAUAUGUUGUGUCUGAUAUUAAGUACUUAAUGAUGAUUUGGAGAGAGAGCUGAAA